AUGGCGGAGAAGGCGCUGGAGGCCGUGGGCUGUGGACUAGGGCCGGGGGCAGUUGCCAUGGCUGUGGCGUUGGAGGAUGGGGCGGAGCCCCCCGUGCUGACCACGCACCUGAAGAAGGUGGAGAACCACAUCACGGAAGCCCAGCGCUUCUCCCACCUACCCAAGCGUUCAGCUGUGGACAUCGAGUUCGUGGAGCUGUCCUAUUCUGUGCGGGAGGGGCCCUGCUGGCGCAAAAGGGGUUAUAAGACCCUCCUCAAGUGCCUAUCAGGUAAAUUCUGCCGCCGGGAGCUGAUUGGCAUCAUGGGCCCCUCGGGGGCUGGCAAGUCUACGUUCAUGAACAUCUUGGCAGGAUAUAGGGAGUCUGGAAUGAAGGGGCAGAUCCUGGUCAAUGGGAGGCCACGGGAGCUGAGGACCUUCCGCAAGAUGUCCUGCUACAUCAUGCAGGAUGACAUGCUGCUGCCACACCUCACGGUGUUAGAAGCCAUGAUGGUCUCUGCUAAUCUGAAGCUGAGUGAGAAGCAAGAGGUGAAGAAGGAGCUGGUGACAGAGAUCCUGACAGCACUGGGCCUGAUGUCCUGCUCCCACACGAGGACAGCCCUGCUCUCCGGGGGACAGAGAAAGCGCCUGGCCAUUGCUCUGGAGCUGGUCAACAACCCACCUGUCAUGUUCUUUGAUGAGCCCACCAGUGGUCUGGAUAGCGCCUCUUGUUUCCAAGUGGUGUCCCUCAUGAAGUCCCUGGCCCAGGGGGGCCGUACCAUCAUCUGCACCAUCCACCAGCCCAGUGCCAAGCUCUUUGAGAUGUUUGACAAGCUCUACAUCCUGAGCCAGGGUCAGUGCAUCUUCAAGGGCAUGGUCACCAACCUGAUCCCCUAUCUGAAGGGGCUGGGCCUGCACUGCCCUACCUACCACAACCCGGCCGAUUUCAUCAUCGAGGUGGCCUCUGGCGAGUAUGGAGACCUGAACCCCAUGCUAUUCAGGGCUGUGCAGAACGGGCUGUGUGCCAUGGCUGAGAAGAAGAGCAGCCCUGAGAAGAAUGAAGUCCCUGCUCCCUGCCCCCCUUGCCUUCCGGAAGUGGAUCCCAUUGAAAGCCACACCUUUGCCACCAGCACCCUCACACAGUUUUGCAUCCUCUUCAAAAGGACCUUCUUGUCCAUCCUCAGGGACACGGUCCUGACCCACCUGCGGUUUGUGUCCCACGUGGUGAUCGGUGUGCUCAUUGGUCUCCUCUACUUGCACAUUGGUGAUGAUGCCAGCAAAGUCUUCAACAACACUGGCUGCCUCUUCUUCUCCAUGCUGUUCCUCAUGUUUGCUGCCCUGAUGCCAACUGUGCUCACCUUCCCCUUAGAGAUGGCAGUCUUUAUGAGGGAGCAUCUCAACUACUGGUACAGCCUCAAAGCAUAUUACCUGGCCAAGACCAUGGCUGAUGUGCCCUUUCAGGUGGUGUGCCCAGUGGUGUACUGCAGCAUCGUCUACUGGAUGACAGGCCAGCCAGCUGAGACCAGCCGCUUCCUACUCUUCUCAGCUCUGGCCACUGCCACUGCCUUGGUGGCCCAGUCUUUGGGGCUGCUGAUUGGAGCUGCUUCCAACUCCCUGCAGGUGGCCACCUUUGUGGGCCCAGUUACCGCCAUCCCUGUCCUCUUGUUCUCUGGCUUCUUUGUCAGCUUCAAGACCAUCCCCACUUAUCUGCAAUGGAGCUCCUACCUCUCCUAUGUGAGGUAUGGCUUUGAGGGUGUGAUCCUGACGAUCUAUGGCAUGGAGCGAGGAGACCUGACAUGCUUAGAGGAACACUGCCCAUUCCGGGAGCCACAGAGCAUCCUCCGAGCACUGGAUGUGGAGGAUGCCAAGCUCUACAUGGACUUCCUGGUCUUGGGUAUCUUCUUCCUGGCCCUGCGACUGCUGGCAUACCUUGUGCUCCGUUACCGGGUCAAGUCGGAGAGAUAG